AUGACCGUGCACAUUCACCUGUCUCUGUGUGGUAUCGCUCUUACACCGCUUGAGAACGAAGUCAUUGAGGAAUGCUACAUUCAACCCAUCACCAAGCUCCACGAGAUUGUCCCAAGAUCCGCCAUUAUUACGAUCAAUGACGACCCGCUGUUUAAUGGCCUUGACCAUACCGCGAUGUCCUACAGCAGCGUGAUCAAGAAGCUGGCGAGGGAACUUCGAGCUAACGGGUGCCUGGUUUUGACUACGUCAAGCCUGGGGCCUAAGCUUCUUUCCGUGACUGGAGGAUCAGGACACCGGAUCCAAGCAGAUCAGGCUGAACUGGGUUGGGCGAUGUUCGAGAAAUCCCUCAUGAACGAAAAGGCAUUGGCGACUUGUGUGCUGGACACAAAGAAAAUCAACAUCUUGUCGGCGUCCAUCAAGCCCUUCAAUCUGGACCACGAACGCGUCACCCGCGUCUUCACCUCCAUCGAGGAUGACGAGGUCAACCUCAUUGGAUCACAGCAGGAUGUGGCGUUGAUUGAGCCUGAGCCGUACCACGACAGUCAGACUUUCUGGUGGAAGAUCGAGCAGUACCAAACAACGAACGAACGAUCGACUGUUCCGGGAAAGGCGUUCUAUUGUGAGCAAUGCCGCAGUGCCCUCAGCGAUUCCGAGAGCCUGAGGAACGCCCAGUACGGAUC